CUCUUUCACUUCUCCUCCUCCCCCAGGCUCCGGCUGGCAGGGGAGGGGAGUGGGGAGAACAGCGAGAGAUCAAAAAUAAACCUCUUAUGUCAAAGCCGGGGGGAGAAAGUAUAAAUACAGCGGGCUCGGCGGCCGGCGCGGAGGCUGCGGGGGAAGAGCCCGGGGGGCGCGGGGCCGUGCCGGGAUGGGGCGGCGGGCGCUGCUGGGCGGCCGGGCCCCCCUCCACCUGCUGCUGCUGUGCCACGCCUGGGCGCUGCCGCCGCCGCCCCCGCGGGACGCGCAGCCGGUGCUGCCCGCCCGCCUGCCCGCGCCGUCGGGGCAGCUGGCCCUGCGCCUGGCCGCCUUCGGCCGCGCCGUGGUCCUCCGCCUCCGCCCCGACACCACGUUCCUGGCCCCCCGCCUCCGCCUCCAGCGCCUGGGCGGCCGCCGCCCGCCGCCGCCGCCGCCGCGCCGCGGCUGCUUCUACGCGGGCGCCGUCGAGGGCAGCCCCGACGCGCCCGCCGUGCUCAGCAGCUGCGGCGGCGGCCUCAGAGCCGCGUUCCUGCUGGACGGGGCGGCCUACGAGCUGCAGCCGCUGGGGCCGGCCGCGCCCGGGCCGCCCUGGGGCCGGCUGCACCGGCUGCGGCGCCGCGCGGCCCCGCCGGGAGCGCGCCCCGCCGGCAGCGGCGGCCCCGAGCCGCUCCGCAGGGCCCCGCGCUUCGUGUCGCAGGCUCGCUACGUGGAGACGCUGCUGGUGGCUGACGCGUCCAUGGUGCGGUUCUACGGGGAGGACGUGGAGAACCACAUCCUGACCCUGAUGUCCAUGGCAGCUCGCAUCUACAAGCAUCCCAGCCUGAGGAACUCCAUCAGCCUGGUGGUGGUGAAGGUGCUGGUGGUGGAGGAGGCAGCGGCGGGGCCCGAGGUGUCCGACAACGGCGGGCUCACCCUGCGCAACUUCUGCAGCUGGCAGCAAAGGUUCAACCCCCCGAGCGACCGGCACCCCGAGCACUACGACACUGCCAUCCUCCUCACCAGACAGGACUUCUGUGGCCACCAAAGCUGUGACACGCUGGGAGUGGCGGAUAUCGGCACCAUGUGCGACCGCAACAAGAGCUGCUCCGUGAUCGAGGACGAGGGCCUGCAGGCAGCCUACACCCUGGCUCAUGAACUGGGCCAUGUGCUCAGCAUGCCCCACGACGACUCCAAGAACUGCGAGCGGCUCUUCGGGCCCCUGGGCGAGCACCACGUGAUGGCUCCGCUCUUCACCCACUUGAACAAGACCCAGCCCUGGUCUCCUUGCAGCGCCAUGUACCUCACCGAGUUCCUGGAUGGAGGGCAUGGUGACUGCCUGCUGGAUGCCCCGGCCGAGCCCGUGUCCCUGCCUGCCGAGCUGCCCGGCCAAAGGGCCCUGUACAGCCUGGACCAGCAAUGCCAGCAGAUCUUUGGCAAGGACUUCCAGCACUGCCCCAACACCACGGAGGAGGACAUCUGUGCCCAGCUGUGGUGCAGGACGGGCAGUGGGGAGCCCCUCUGCCACACCAAGAACGGCAGCUUGCCAUGGGCCGAUGGAACCCCCUGCAAAGGCGAGGGGCUGUGCUGGGAUGGGCGCUGUGUGCAGCAGGAUGCCCUGAAACCCCAGCCAGCGCUGGACGGCGGCUGGGGCCCGUGGAGCGCGUGGGGCUCCUGCUCCCGGAGCUGUGGGGGAGGGAUCCAGUUCUCGCACCGCCACUGCGACAGCCCCAGGCCCCGGCACGGCGGCAGCUACUGCGAGGGCCAGAGAACCAAGUACCAGUCCUGCCACACCGAGGAGUGCCCGCCGGAUGGGAAAAGCUUUCGGGAGCAGCAGUGUGAGAAGUACAACAGCUACAACUUCACUGACCUGGAAGGGAAUCACUUGGAAUGGGUUCCUAAGUAUGCCGGAGUGUCCCCCAGGGACAGAUGCAAACUCUUCUGCCGAGCCCGAGGGAGGAGCGAAUUCAAAGUCUUUGAGGCCAAAGUGAUCGAUGGGACGCUGUGUGGCCCAGAGACCCUCUCCAUCUGCGUGCACGGGCAGUGCAUCAAGGCUGGCUGUGAUCACGUCAUUGGCUCCUCCAAGAAGCUGGACAAGUGCGGGGUGUGCGGUGGCAAUGGCUCCACUUGCAGGAAAAUAUCUGGCUCACUCAACAGAUCCAAAUACGGCUACAAUGACAUCGUCACCAUCCCCGCCGGAGCCACCAACAUCGACAUCAAACAGCGCAGCCACCGAGGGCUCCGGCAUGACGGGAAUUACCUGGCCCUGAAGACCCUUGAGGGCAAGUACCUGCUGAACGGAGACUUUGCCAUCUCAGCCAUGGAGCAGGACAUCCUCAUUAAGGGCACCAUUCUGAAAUACAGCGGCUCCAUGACCACUCUGGAGAGGCUGCAGAGCUUCCGACAGCUCCCAGAGCCCCUGACCGUCCAGCUGCUGACGAUUGCCAGCGAGGUCUUCCCACCAAAAGUCAAGUACACCUUCUUCAUCCCCAAGGACGUCCCUUUCAGCAAGCAGAAGGGCAAAGAGAAGAAGUCAGUCAACGUCAUCCGACCGAUGCUGACCUCCCAGUGGGUGCUGGGUGACUGGUCCGAGUGCUCCAAGACGUGUGGCUCCGGCUGGCAGCGGCGGACCGUGGAUUGCCGGGAUGUGGAGGGUCAAACCUCCUCUGCCUGCAACAGAUCUCUCAAGCCUGAGGACAUCAAGCCCUGUGGAGACGUGCCCUGCCCUCUCUGGCGCCUGGGUCCCUGGUCCCCCUGCUCCCAAACGUGCGGCGAGGGCGUGCGGACGCGCAACGCCUCCUGCAUCGAUUACGCCGGGAAAAUCACCGCCCCCGAGAAAUGCAGCUCGCCGGGGCCACCGCCGGCCACCACGGCCUGCGUGCUGCGGCAGUGCUGAGCCACGCUGGGCUGCUCGGAGUCAAGGGUGCCACGGGCUUCCACCACACUGGGGCAGGACAGCAAGGGUGCCGUGGGCUCGCGCGCCAGACAAAUGACCGCUCUGCAGUGGUUCGUCCCCACCCCAUCGAUGUCUACCUCAGAGGGGAGAAUAACGGCAGCAAAACAGGGAGGAAUCACUUCUUUUCCUUUCUUUCUUCCUUUUCUUUCUGGCUGGCUGCUCGCAGGCAAGUUGUAACUUAAAGGGAAAAAUAAGCAUGUCUGUAGGGUGUUUCCAAAGAGCUGUCGUUGAAUAUGGUAGCAGAUUGCUCUUGUAGGGUUUGCUGGGGUUUGGCACUGGAGAAAUUGUGGAGCCUGGUUUUGCCGUCGCCCCAUCCCAGCUGCAGGUCAAGGAGGUCCAGGGUGGAUGUCUUUGCUGAUAAAACUGGGAUCUCUUCACAAAAGGCAUGGAAUGGGUUGCCAUCCCCUCCCUGCAGCAAGUGUGGGUGUCCUUGAGCAUGAGGAGUGUUUUAUCAGGUGUGGGUUUCACUUGGGAGAUAAAUUGCUCGUGUGAAUGGGAGAAGGAAUAAGCUGAGAGCCACAUCCUGGCAUGAAUCAGGCAGGAGGACAGGUGAGAGGUGGUUUCUGCUGGAUUUAUAAUCUACAAGGCGACAAACCUCUGUCUCCAAAAACCCCCAGCAUCUGUGGUUAUUCCUAGAGCUGUUACCCCACACCUCUGUUUCCCCAGCUAUAAAAUCAAGGCUUAAUUACACCUGCUCUGUCUUACAGGGCCACUGUGAGGAUUAAUUAAUUCCUAAUUCUGCAGUGCUCUGACUGUGAAAUGCCCAUUGUGAUGCCCUCUGGAGCAGGCAGUCUGGUGUGCUGGCAUUUCCUUUCCCAUCCUUGGCUUUCAGUCCCCUGUGGGCUCAUUUUUUCAGCUCUGCUGUAAUUUUGGAGAUAAUUCGCUAGCCUGGUUUGCAGCAGGGAUGAGCCCAGCAUCUGUAGAUCAUGCCAAAGGUGACCAGUGCUGCUCUUCACCUCUGCUUUCCUGGGAUAUUUGAGAAUGCUCAGAUCUGGUGCCAGCUCCAGCCAUGCUUGAGCAGUUCUCAGUCCAAAACCAAGCCUGGCAAGGCUGGAGCUGCUCUUUCCCGGCGGGAAGCAGCCCCAGCCCUCUCCCCAGCCCAGCUGCUGCCUGGCCCCAGUGCAGAUGGCUGUUCAGACCCUGAACUUUGCCCUUUCCAAAGCAAUCAUUGGCCGUGUGCUGGCAGCAGCCUGUGCCUGGGGAGCAGGGAUGGAAUUUGGAAAGAUUUUGCUCUUGCUGGAUGAGCAAUUCAGUAUCUCCAGGCUCCUCUCAUACCCUGCCUUGGCUUCCUUUUUGGCAGCAAAAUGUUGAAUUUCCAGUAGGAUCUGCCUUUUUUUCAUAGGAAGGGGAGGAGGGCUGGAAUUUUUGAUGUUUCAGAUUCCCCAUUCACAUUUAUGAAGCAAAUCCUUUUCCUUGUCCCUUUUGCCCGAGCGAGUCAAGCUCCUGUGCGACCCUUUCCUGGCUGUCCAGACAGGUUUGGAAUGCGAUGGUGGGAUGAGUUGCUCCACUGAAGACAGAAACCUGAAAACAUUAAAUAUUGCUGUUUUAUCUCCCAUACAUGAUUUCUGUCAAAACCACAGAAGCUACAGCCCAGGACUGAGGGUAUGGAGUGCUUGGUUCCUUUAUUAUUUUUAGGAAAGGGAAAAAAAAAAAAAAAACUGAAGGCCAGCUGCAGAGUUUGGAUGUAGAGCUGUUUGGGCUGUGGUACAGACCUACCUUUGGGCAAUGUUCUACAUCUGCUAAUUAAUCUCCAGGAAUUUAAGUUCUAACAAAUAGCUGGAUGCUAAAGUCAUGUAGCCUUGCAGGGUUAUUUUCUUUUUCCCCUCUGAGUCUGCAAGGGUUUUAAACUCAAAGCCAGCAUGUGUUUCCUCUCCAGUGUCACCACCAGCAUUUAGGAUGGGUCAGGAAUAUCAAUCUGAGACAGUGCCAAGGAAAAUGUCUGUAUUUAUCACACAGGAGUCGUGCACGCCAAAGGGCUUUUCCAGGUUUUUAUAAUCACUGUGCAGCUGCUUCGCUGGAGCUUCCUAGAUGUAAAAACUCCUUGUUUAGGGCAAAAUCCUGCUGCUUUUCCAGCGAGGAGGAAGGUGGGGAUCCCCCAGGAGGGGGGAUCCAGAGGCAGUGAUGCUCUGUUGAGGUGUGGGUGAUGCUAAGUGGAAUUCCUGCCCCAGGCUUCGGUAAAAACAAGUAGCCUUUACGCUGAUUUAAGUCAAAGAUGUUUUAUAUAUUAGGCUAUAUAUAUGUGUAUAUAUAUAUGUAUAUGUUUCCCUUCAGUGAAGGAUUGUAGCAAUGUACUGAGCCUCUUGUGUUAGGUAUUUAUUACAAAUUUCUGUUUGGUUUUUGUACAGUAGCUGUCUGGAAAGGAGAGAAAAAAAAAAAAAGAAGGAAAAAAGAGAUUAAAAAAGACUGUGUUUUAACAUGCUGCUCCCACAUCCCCUCUCUGAAAGCUGCAGGGAGCUCAGAGAAGGGACGUCUUUGCUCAUUGUUUAUCAGCUCUGGUAUCUGACUGGUGUUUCCCUCCUCCCUGGUGUACCAACCAAGCUGUGUAAGCAUAACAAACCCAAACACAAUUAAGCUUUGGAAUUCUUCUUGAGGAGAGGGGGGGAAAUACAAUUUUCUGAUUUUUAGCCUAUUGUUUGUAUUUGUUUUUAAUUUUGAAAACAGUCUGUUUGCGGCUCUGCCUUUACCCCUCAAUAAAGGACUUCCUGCCUUUUA